GUUCUUGACAGUGUAGAGUCUGGCAAAUUCACGUAUGCAACAUUAAUGAAAGAACAUUUGUGAAAGAAAAAUAUUUAUUAUGAAAAAAAUAAAGUUUAAAAUGACAAAUUACUAACAACCUAUUAACAAAACAAAGAUGUGUAUGUGAGUGUGUGUGUGCCUAUGUAAAUCAGGGUGCUCUCAAAACGGUGGUUUGCAAAAAGAGUAACACCUUCCUGUGGCCUUCUAAGAUUGUCUCUGAUCCCCUAAAGAUAGCAGCCCCCCCCCUUCUUCUGAAGUUGUUUACGACUAGUAGUGAGGGAAGGUUUAAAUGAGGUGAAGACUAUACAUUUGUCUGUGUAGAUGUUAAAUAAGAGAAUGAAAGAGUCAGAGAGAUAUGCAAAGAAAGCCUGUGAAGAGCUUAACUAACCUUAACUUUCAAAUAACUUGUAACCACAAUAUCUCCACACAUAACAAACUUAUAAACAUCACACAGAAUCAAAUGAACAGUCUUGCUUAGCCUAUAGCCCAAUUAUGUUGACGGUCCGAGGAAAAGGGAGAAAGGAAGUUGUAGUUUCAUUUCGCAGUUCUGUGAAGGCAGAAACCUUACGUCCAACCAGAAGACCCCAUGACCUCACAGGUGAGCCUGGUGGUUUUUCAAACAUCUUUGUGAAAAUGUCCGGAACAAAGGACCUGCGGCAUUCUGGGAGACUGAGUUCCUUGGCUUCCUAGUAGUUCUCCUUUACAAAGGGACCAUGCUUGUUUUCAGGCUAUUGACUACACAUAUAGGCCGAAGAGUAGGCCUUUAGUUUCACAGAAACACUGUCCCAACAUAGUGAUUGAGGAAUUUCAGGUCCUCAUGUGGAAUAAACUGGUCAAAUGUCCCAAACGCUGGUGAGCAGCGACAUUUAUAAAGUUUCCUUAUUAGAGAUAAACUCUGGUUUUAAUCUAACCCAGUCGUUCAGGGUGAAGAGUGGAAAUGAUGUAAAUAACCUGCUCCUCUCGGUGUUACCUCCCUUCCAACAUAUUCUACAGAAUACCAAUGGACCUUGAAGGAGUCCCUCCUCCAGUGAUCGAGGACUCGAUCCUCACGGACUGGGUUUCGAUCGGCGCCGGGGGGUUUGGAGAAAUCUACAAAGCCAAGCAUAAGCGGUGGAACUAUGACGUGGCCAUUAAGCUGCUUCAUAACGAUGGAGGACAGACAAACGAAAAAAGGAUCCAAGCUUUGCAGCGGGAGGUCCAAAUGAUGCUUCGAGGAAGCAGCGAGUAUGUUAUGCCGGUCCUUGGCAUCUUCAAUGGUCGACCACAAAACUCUGGACCCUCAGCCCAGCUGGGUCUGGUCAUGAAGUACAUGGAGAAAGGAUCUCUGGAGUCCCUGCAGAAAUCUUUAGACGCGGUUCCACCAUUACCGCUGGUCUUCAGGCUGGCUCACCAGGUGGCUCUGGGGAUAAACUUCCUCCACAGCCUCUCCCCUCCCAUCCUCCACCGUGACCUGAAGCCCAACAACGUGCUGCUGGACUCGUAUCUCAAUGUAAAGCUCACAGAUUUUGGCCUUUCUCAGCCUAGUCAGACUCAGGCUCAGGUUUCCAAGAAGGAUAAAGAAGACGGGGCAGGGACGCUCAGCUACAUGCCACCGGAGGCUUUUGACAUAAAUUACAAACCUUCACGAGCCUUUGAUAUCUACAGCUAUGGUAUCCUGCUGUGGUCCAUCGCCACAGGGGAACAACCGUAUCCAUAUGCAGCCCCCAGCCUCAUGCAGCUCUUGAUCCCAAAGGGGCAACGACCAUCGCUGGAAGAGCUCAGCAACCAAGCGGAGCUGAGGGGACUGGUGGAGCUCAUGGAAAAAUGCUGGGGGGGCAAUCCCACCGAAAGACCCCCAUCCUUUGAAUGUACAAAGAUCACAGAGAAACUAUAUGAGAGGCACGAACAUGAAAUUAAUGAUGUCGUCCAUGAAGUGCUGAAGAAACUGCGGGAGCAGAAGGAACGAGACAAACUAGCGGAGAAGCUUCAGAGCCUUUGUGUCACUCCAGCCAAAGGGUCUCCCAGAGUUGAAGCAGUGAAGAAUCAGGAUCAUGUGAAGACGGGACCUCCGCCCGUUCAGGAAGUGGUCCCUGAGAGGAUCUCAAAUCAAAGGGUCAAAGACCUGCCGGCCUCCCAACAAGCAAACAUGUGUGAUGUUGACACGACCCGCUCGUCCACAGACGACCAUGAACUCAAAGCUUCCUCCGUUCGGCCCAUCGGUGAAUCGCCGGCGCCUCCUUCCACCACGAGGUCACCUCAGGCCAGUGGAGCAAAGAAUUCCCUGAGGGAUUUAAAGAAUCCCCCCCAACCAUUCCAGCGUCAGCUCUCCAGCCCGACUCCUUCUACAAGUCAACCAACACACAAUGUCUACAUCCACUGCAGCCACGUGACGGGAGUUCAGAUCGGCAACAAAAACACCCUGUACAUCAACAAGGAGCCUUCAGAGAGGAAGCGACACCCAACAGCGCCAUCUCGUGUCAACCCCCCAUCACCGCAUCCAGGAAGCAGGAAGAACUAGAUUUGGUGACAUGCAGGCUUUUAAAAUUAGGUUUUGGUAUUUCUGGCGAAUAUUUAUUCUGCUUCUUUUGUUUUGAAAAUGUUUCACCAGUCAGAAACGCAUCACACCUCUCUUUUGCCCCGUCAGCAGAAAAACAGGAGCCGAGUCCGAUCAUGUGGUUUUUAACGAGCUGCAGUCAGCAGAUAUCCCGGUCGCAGCGCGGGGCACCAUCAGGCGCCAAAAAAUGACUUAACGCCAGAAGGACCGUGAGUCACGAGAGGCCGAGUUAUAAUCUAACCUGUUCCCAAACAGUUCACGUUGUUUUAGCUGAAAUUCCAACAAGUAUAGAAGAAUAUUGAGACCAGAGAUAAGAAAACAAGAUCAAAGUCGAAAAAGUAAAAAAUAUAAUCUUUUCCGAGAUCAAAGCCAAACUUAUACGAAUAAAUCAAAACUACUGUAGUAUGACAUCUGGUGUUGGAUAUCUACAAAAUGUGAAGAUGAUCGCUGAAAUUGAGAUUCACAGUGAGGUAGAGGACAUGGCUUUCAGUCGCUUAAACCUCCAACUUCAUUCCUGUCUUAUUCUCAACAUUUCCAAUUUAUUCUCAACAUUUUUUUCUCUAGUAUCCUUAUCAGCAUUUCGACUUUAUUGUCAACCUUAUUAACAGAUUAAUCAACCGUACAGGACACUUGUGAUGGUUGAUGGAAAUCUCACGUUCAGUCUAUUCCCAAAGAUGGAAUCUCCAUCUCUGUAGUGGAACAGAGGUUUUGCUACAGGCCACAUUCAUUCUUUACCCAGUUUAACUUUGUAUUUGUAUUUUUUCAAAUGUUCAUUUUAAAUAAAAACUCGCUGAAAAUCCUAAA